GUUGUCUCUGAUUUAGUUUUUCAAUUGGCGAUGGUACUCAUAGGUGGUUUUAGGGUUAGCUGCUAACUUUACUUCCUUUUCCUGUUCACUUUUAGUGGUGUAGUUUUCUUGUUGGAAGAACUUCGUGACACGUUAAAAUGAAGAUCGGCUUGUGUGCCUAUAGUGGGUAUAAAAUUUACCCAGGCCAUGGAAAAACCAUGGUGAAAGCUGAUGGCAAAACAUUCACAUUCCUGAAUGCUAAGUGCGAGUCUUCUCAUCUGAUGAAGAGAAACCCUCGUAAAGUGACAUGGACCGUGUUAUACAGGCGUAAACAUAAGAAAGGUCAAGAGGAGGAGCAGACCAAGAAGCGCACAAGGAGAACACAAAAAUUUCAACGUGCAAUCGUGGGUGCUUCCCUCACAGAUAUCAUGGCCAAGAGGAACAUGAAGCCUGAAGUGAGGAAAGCUCAGAGAGAGCAGGCUAUCAGGGCUGCCAAAGAAGCCAAGAAGGCUACAAAAGCUGCCAAGAAACCUCCACCAGCACCCAAGGGCAAGACUGCUCCCAAGCAGAAGGCAACCAAGAUUACACAAAAGGCUGCACCUCGUGUUGGAGGAAAACGUUAAUGUUAUUUAUGAAUAAACAAUAUUAAAUAAG